CCCGUUACAUCAUAAAUACAUAAGAGAACGACCCAGCAUCUUCUACAGAUUAAUAGAGCAUAAGAACAUUGGAAUAUGGAGAUGAUGUCGUGGCCAUUCCUCAUUGGUUGAUAUAAAAAAGCUGCACCGAACACUAGAAAGAAAGAAAGAAGAAGAAGUAUAAUAAAUUAGCCAAAAAAAAACAUUGGCGCCUGUCUUGUUCCCGUUGCGUUUCCCCAUCUUUAUCUGCGAUUCCUUUCUCUCUCUCUCUGGUGCUACUCUGGGGAAGAAGAUAGACGACCCGUCGUGCGGCUCUUGUUCGAUUGCAUGUCCUUGCUUCUCCCUGAAGCUGUCGUAGUUUCUUAAUUUUGAUCCUCCGCUUCUCUUUUCCUCACUCGAUCAGCUCCUUUUUAGUUUGAUUUUAGGAGGAUUUAAAAGAUGGCUCAAAGGAGAGGACCUGAUCAGCCUCCGCCACAGAGGCGGAUUCUGCGGACUCAAACUGCUGGGAAUCUCGGAGAGGCUAUGCUUGACAGUGAAGUGGUGCCAUCGUCUCUUGUGGAGAUUGCUCCUAUCCUUCGUGUAGCCAAUGAAGUAGAAGCUAGUAACCCUCGUGUUGCCUACUUAUGUCGGUUCUAUGCGUUUGAGAAGGCGCACAGGCUUGAUCCCACGUCAAGCGGACGUGGUGUUCGCCAGUUUAAAACUGCGCUUCUUCAACGGUUAGAACGGGAGAAUGAAACAACUCUUGCAGGAAGGCAGAAGAGUGAUGCCCGUGAAAUGCAAAGUUUCUACCAACACUACUACAAGAAAUACAUCCAAGCUUUGCUAAACGCUGCUGACAAAGCUGACCGUGCUCAGCUUACAAAGGCAUACCAAACUGCUGCUGUUCUCUUUGAAGUCUUGAAGGCUGUUAAUCAGACAGAGGAUGUGGAAGUGGCUGAUGAGAUUUUGGAAGCCCACACUAAGGUGGAAGAGAAAAGCCAAAUCUACGUGCCUUACAACAUUCUUCCUCUUGAUCCUGAUAGUCAAAAUCAGGCUAUAAUGAGAUUCCCUGAGAUACAAGCUACAGUAAUCGCUCUUCGUAACACUAGGGGCCUACCAUGGCCAGCAGGUCACAAGAAGAAACUCGAUGAAGACAUGCUUGACUGGCUUCAAACUAUGUUUGGUUUUCAGAAAGAUAAUGUCUCAAAUCAAAGAGAGCACUUGAUUCUGUUACUUGCUAAUGUCCACAUUCGCCAGUUUCCGAGACCUGAACAACAACCAAAGCUUGAUGAUCGCGCAUUGACUAUAGUGAUGAAGAAACUUUUCAAAAACUACAAAAAAUGGUGCAAGUAUUUGGGUCGGAAAAGCAGCCUUUGGUUGCCGACGAUUCAACAAGAGGUUCAGCAACGUAAACUGCUUUACAUGGGACUCUAUCUUUUAAUUUGGGGAGAAGCUGCAAACCUGAGAUUCAUGCCUGAGUGCCUUUGCUAUAUAUAUCACCAUAUGGCUUUUGAGUUGUAUGGGAUGUUGGCUGGGAGUGUUAGUCCAAUGACAGGGGAGCAUGUGAAACCGGCAUAUGGUGGUGAAGAUGAAGCUUUCUUGCAGAAAGUAGUGACACCUAUAUACAAGACGAUAGCGAAGGAAGCAAAGAGAAGUAGAGGAGGAAAGUCGAAGCAUUCUGAGUGGAGAAACUAUGAUGACUUGAACGAAUAUUUUUGGUCAAUUCGGUGCUUUCGGUUAGGGUGGCCUAUGCGAGCUGAUGCUGAUUUCUUUUGUCAGACUGCUGAAGAACUUCGACUAGACAAAAGUGAGAAUAAACCAAAAACUGGAGAUCGAUGGAUGGGCAAAGUCAAUUUUGUUGAGAUACGCUCCUUCUGGCAUAUAUUUAGAAGUUUCGAUAGAAUGUGGAGUUUCUAUAUCCUGUCUUUGCAGGCAAUGAUCAUCAUUGCUUGGAAUGGAUCAGGGGAUUUAAGCGCCAUCUUUCAAGGUGAUGUCUUCCUAAAGGUUUUGAGCAUCUUCAUUACGGCAGCUAUAUUAAAGCUUGCACAAGCUGUCCUCGAUAUAGCUCUGAGCUGGAAAUCAAGACAUAGCAUGUCACUCUAUGUGAAGCUGAGAUUCAUAUUGAAGGCAGUUGCAGCUGCAGUAUGGGUUGUACUCAUGCCAGUAACUUACGCAUACAGCUGGAGGAGCCCUUCUGGUUUUGCUCAGACCAUAAAGAACUGGUUUGGGGGAAACACCAAUUCAUCACCUUCCCUUUUCAUUGUGGUCAUUCUCAUCUACUUAUCCCCAAACAUGCUCUCCACGGUGCUCUUCGCGUUCCCAUUCAUCCGGCGUUAUCUUGAAAGAUCCGACUUUAAAAUAGUGAUGCUGAUGAUGUGGUGGUCUCAGCCGAGGCUGUAUAUAGGAAGGGGUAUGCAUGAGAGUGCAUGGUCACUUUUCAAGUACACAAUGUUCUGGAUUGUCCUUCUUAUAUCAAAGCUUGCAUUCAGUUUUUAUGCAGAGAUUAAGCCUCUUGUUGUUCCAACCAAAGAUAUUAUGCGAGUUCAUAUAUCAGUCUACCGCUGGCACGAGUUUUUCCCUCAUGCCAAGAAUAAUAUGGGUGUGGUGAUCGCGCUCUGGUCACCUGUUAUUCUUGUUUAUUUCAUGGACACUCAAAUAUGGUAUGCUAUAGUAUCAACUCUGGUUGGAGGUUUAAAUGGAGCUUUUCGACGUCUUGGAGAGAUCCGAACACUAGGAAUGUUGAGAUCUAGAUUUGAGUCCUUACCAGGGGCCUUUAAUGCUUGCUUGGUUCCAAGUGAGAAGAGCGAGACUGCAAAGAAAAGAGGCAUUAAGGCGACUUUCUCCCGCAAGUUCGAUCAGAUUCCAUCGAGUAAGGACAAGGAGUCCGCACGAUUUGCUCAGAUGUGGAACAAGAUAAUCAGUAGCUUCCGAGAGGAGGAUUUGAUCAGCAAUAGGGAAAUGGAACUCCUGCUUGUGCCAUAUUGGGCUGACCGUGAUCUAGAUCUUAUCCGCUGGCCACCGUUUCUUCUGGCCAGUAAGAUUCCAAUAGCUUUGGACAUGGCGAAAGAUAGCAAUGGAAAAGAUCGUGAACUUAAAAAGAGACUGAGUGUGGACAGUUACAUGACUUGUGCAGUUAGAGAGUGCUAUGCCUCUUUUAAGAAUCUCAUAAACUUUCUGGUUGUUGGAGAGCGAGAAGGACAGGUCCUAAAGGACAUUUUCUACAAGAUUGAUGAACAUAUAGAGAAAGAAACACUGAUAACCGAUUUGAAUUUGAGUGCUCUCCCAGAUCUCUAUGGUCAGUUUGUUCGACUUAUUGAAUAUUUGAUGCAAAACAAAGAGGAGGACAAGGACCAGAUUGUUAUUGUCUUGCUGAAUAUGUUAGAAGUGGUGACCAGAGAUAUAAUGGAGGAAGAAGUCCCAAGCUUGCUAGAGACAGCCCACAAUGGAUCUUAUGUCAAGUACGAUGUAAUGACUCCUCUUCAUCAACAGCGCAAAUAUUUCAGCCAACUUCGGUUCCCAGUGUACUCUCAAACAGAAGCAUGGAAAGAAAAAGCAAAUCAAGAGGCUUCAUCUUUUACUUACUGUCAAAGAAUCAGCCAUGGAUGUGCCAUCCAACUUGGAAGCUCGAAGGCGUCUUACUUUCUUUUCGAAUUCGUUAUUCAUGGAAAUGCCAGAUGCACCCAAGAUCCGCAACAUGCUUUCGUUUUCGUAGGUUCCAUCCUCUUUCAACUUAUGGUCCUAACACCAUAUUAUCAAGAGGAUGUUCUUUUCUCCAUUUUUGGUUUGGAGAAGCAAAAUGAAGAUGGAGUCUCUAUUCUCUUUUACUUGCAGAAGAUCUUUCCAGAUGAGUGGACAAACUUUCUGGAACGAAUGAAAUGUGGCAGCGAGGAAGAACUCAGAGCGAGAGAAGAGUUGGAAGAGGACCUUCGUCUGUGGGCAUCUUACAGAGGCCAAACACUGACCAAAACUGUUCGAGGCAUGAUGUAUUACCGAAAGGCUUUGGAGCUCCAGGCCUUCCUUGAUAUGGCAAAGGAUGAAGAAUUAAUGAAAGGGUACAAGGCUCUCGAGUUGAGUAGUGAAGACGCAUCAAAGAGCGGAACGUCACUCUGGGCUCAGUGUCAAGCACUUGCUGACAUGAAAUUCACUUUUGUGGUUUCAUGCCAACAAUACAGUGUUCAGAAGAGAUCUGGUGACCAACGUGCUAAAGACAUAUUGAGGCUUAUGACUACGUACCCAUCUUUACGUGUUGCUUAUAUCGAUGAGGUUGAGCAAACACAUAAAGACAGCUAUAAAGGGGCGGACGACAAGAUUUAUUACUCAGCUCUCGUCAAAGCUGCUCCACAGACCAAAUCUAUGGAUUCUUCUGAAUCUGUGCAAACUCUAGACCAGGUCAUUUAUCGGAUUAAGCUACCAGGACCUGCAAUACUAGGAGAAGGAAAGCCGGAGAAUCAGAACCAUUCUAUCAUUUUUACUCGCGGAGAAGGGUUACAGACAAUAGACAUGAACCAGGAUAACUACAUGGAGGAAGCUUUCAAAAUGAGGAACUUGCUACAAGAGUUUCUUAUAAAGCAUGGAGGUGUAAGAACCCCUACAAUUCUUGGACUUAGAGAGCAUAUUUUCACUGGAAGUGUUUCUUCUCUUGCAUGGUUUAUGUCAAAUCAGGAGAACAGCUUUGUUACUAUUGGGCAGAGAGUGUUAGCCAGCCCCUUGAAGGUACGAUUCCAUUAUGGUCAUCCAGAUGUUUUUGAUCGGCUGUUUCACCUUACCAGAGGAGGUGUCUGCAAAGCUUCUAAAGUUAUCAAUCUAAGUGAAGACAUAUUUGCAGGCACUUGCUUCUACUCCUUUUUCUCUGGUUUCAACUCUACUCUACGUGAAGGCAAUGUGACUCAUCAUGAAUACAUACAAGUUGGUAAAGGAAGAGAUGUUGGACUCAACCAGAUUUCAAUGUUUGAGGCAAAGAUAGCUAACGGAAACGGGGAGCAAACUCUAAGCCGUGACCUAUACAGGCUAGGGCACCGAUUUGAUUUCUUCCGUAUGCUUUCUUGUUACUUCACUACAAUUGGGUUCUAUUUCAGUACCAUGUUAACAGUGCUUACCGUCUAUGUAUUUCUAUAUGGCCGGCUGUAUCUCGUCCUAAGUGGUCUUGAAGAAGGAUUGAGCAACCAGAAAGCUUUCCGUUCCAACAUGCCUCUUCAAGCAGCACUUGCUUCUCAGUCAUUUGUGCAGAUCGGUUUCUUAAUGGCCUUACCUAUGAUGAUGGAGAUUGGUCUCGAGAGGGGGUUUCAUAACGCCUUAAUAGACUUCGUACUGAUGCAGUUACAACUCGCUUCCGUGUUUUUCACGUUUCAGCUCGGGACAAAGACUCAUUACUACGGCAGAACAUUGUUUCAUGGAGGAGCGGAAUACAGAGGCACUGGUCGUGGGUUCGUGGUGUUCCAUGCAAAGUUCGCUGAGAACUACAGGUUCUACUCACGCAGUCACUUCGUGAAGGGUAUUGAGCUGAUGAUUCUGCUGCUCGUGUAUCAGAUAUUUGGCCAUGCUUAUAGAGGAGUGGUUACAUAUAUUCUGAUAACUGUUUCGAUAUGGUUCAUGGUGGUGACUUGGCUGUUUGCUCCCUUUUUGUUCAAUCCCUCCGGUUUCGAGUGGCAGAAGAUUGUAGAUGAUUGGACUGAUUGGAAUAAAUGGAUAUAUAACCGAGGAGGAAUCGGUGUUCCUCCGGAGAAGAGUUGGGAAUCUUGGUGGGAGAAAGAGAUAGAGCACCUUCGACACUCGGGGAAACGUGGUAUCAUCCUCGAGAUUGUUUUGGCUUUACGUUUCUUCAUCUUUCAGUAUGGGCUUGUGUAUCAGCUCAGCACUUUUAAACAGCAAAAUCAGAGUUUGUGGAUUUAUGGAGCUUCAUGGUUCGUGAUCUUAUUCAUUUUACUCAUCGUAAAGGGUUUGGGUAUGGGAAGGCGACGGUUCAGCACAAACUUUCAGCUUCUCUUCAGGAUCAUCAAGGGUCUUGUGUUCCUCACGUUUCUUGGGAUUCUCAUUACUUUCAUAGCUCUUCCUCUUAUAACACCUAAAGACAUCUUCCUUUGUAUGCUCGCUUUCAUGCCAACCGGAUGGGGAAUGUUACUGAUUGCACAAGCAUGUAAGCCUCUGAUUCAACGGCUAGGGAUCUGGUCAUCGGUUAGGACGCUGGCUCGAGGCUAUGAGAUUCUGAUGGGUUUGCUUUUGUUCACUCCCGUGGCGUUCUUGGCUUGGUUCCCGUUCGUGUCCGAGUUUCAGACAAGAAUGCUCUUUAACCAAGCAUUCAGCAGAGGUUUGCAGAUUUCGCGUAUUCUUGGUGGUCAGAGAAAAGACCGAUCUUCCAAGAACAAAGAGUGAAACACAAUACGUAAAAUCAAAGAAACUGACUGAAUAGUCCGAAUUAUACACGUGUAUGUAUAUAUUGCUGUGUUGAUUAGAACCGUAGAUAAUGCUAGUUAUGUUCUAUGCUUAUUACUUUCAUUCCAAGUUAUUUACUGAUUCUUCCGUUUGUUUUUUGCUCUUUUGGUCUGUGAGAGUCGAUAAACUAAAAACAAAUCCCAUGAAAGCUUAGCUAUUUCCGAAAGAGAAUAUUACAGAAAAAGGCAUUUUAGCAAACUAUAAUAUCAAAAAA